AUGCGCGAAGGAGGCAUCGUCGGCGUUAGGCCUGCGGUAGAGCGUGGCAGCGGUGCUCUUGUGCAUCUCUCCGCCCCAUGGUCGAGUGACAACGUCUGGGUGGCCAAGCAGGUCGAUCUUGCUCGUGAUCAGCCUCCUACCGACGGACGUGGCCGCCGCGAGAUUGACUGGGCCUUUGGUCCCAUCAGAAUUAGCGGUUAUGUCGACACGGACAAAUGGGAGACUGGUCUCACUGUCAGCGUCCUAGGAAUCAGCAUUGGCCCUAUUCAUGGAGACCUAAAAGACAGAGUCGUAAUAAAUGUUGACUUUUUUCUCGCCAAGGGCAAUAUCAAUCUCUACCUUAAGAAUGAAAACGAGUUUUGGGUCCACCUCGAUAUUAGUGUUAAAUUCGACGGAUCCUUCACGGGCGACUAUAGGAUUUCUUCUUUCUAG